AUGGCAGCACGGUACGAUGAGACUUUGGACCAGGAGACCUCGUCUUACGACAAAACGAUAUCAGUCCACCCACUCCCGGAGAAGGGAUGCUCAUGCCCAACUGGGAGGGUCCCUACCAAAUUAGGACGAAGCUCUGCCACUACGAUCUCUUCUGUCACGAUCUCUCCUCCGACGACUCCUCUCUCCAGUGACGGUCUCCUCCGGCAACGUCUCCUCCAGCGGCGUCUCCUCCAGCAACGACCUCCUUCUGCGACCUCUGCUCCAGUGACGGUCUCCUUCGGCGACGUCUCCUUCGGCGACGUCUCCUCUUGCGACUUCUCCUCCAGCGACGUCUCUUCCAGCGGCUUCUCCUCCAGCGACGAAAAGAGGAAAACACUCUUUGGCUUUGUCCUGUCUGAUCCAAAGAAUAGGAUGUUCCUUUGCAGUUUCCUCAUUGUAAUAUCAUUGGUUUGUGGUGCUUAUUUAGUUGGCAAUGCAUUCACCACCAAGGAGUAUAAACAAGCGAAGGACACCUUCAAAGUUCUCUCCAAAUCUGAAGGGAAGGGAAACUUCAGAACAGUGAGCUUCAAGUUCAAAGCAGUUGCACCAAGAACAAGACUCACAUUCUACAGCUCCUUUUACCAUACCAGAAUUGAUGAUUAUGGAUCUCUUUGUGGCCCUGUUCUUGACCAGGUUAUAGUGUUCCCUGUCACCUAAGUUAUUAAACCAUUAAUGUAGUACUUAGUAACUAUGAUUUUUGCAAGUUACUUGAGCCUGUCUUCUGUAUAAUUGCACGAGACUAUACCACUCUUUUACUCUAGUUUGCUGAGCACAAGACACCAAUUUUAAUUUCUGUUCAUUAAAAAAUUUGGCUCGAGUUUGAAGAUCAAAUUUUUAAUCAUGGGAGUUGAAUGUUCAUGAAAUGAUUAAGUAGUAUAUUUUAGUUUUUGAUUGUUACCAUGUGUUAUUGGAAAUCAUGAGUUUCAAUAAGCAUGCAUUUGUUUCAUGCCAACAUUCUGAUCAAUGCAACUUUUUCCCCUUCUUUUUUCUUUAUUUGUUUGUUCCAGGUUUUGGGGUUGUAGGUUCUUGUAGUACAGGAAAAAAAAGGUAGAUUUCAUGGAAUUGGCUACUGGAAGUUACCUUCUAAAGUUGUCGACGUAGUAUGCAGUACAGGAGAUUUUUGCAGCAUGGUUAUUGUAACAUGGUUAUUGGCUACUGGAAGUUACCUACUGAAGUUAUUGUAAAAUGGUUUUGUACCUGCAGGGUGAGGAGAUUUUUGCAGCAGCUAUUAGUGAAGUAAAAGAAGAGACAGGACUGAGUAUCUAAGUAAAUGUGACCAGUUUUUUUUAUUGAUCAUAAGUUCGUAACAACUGUUUCAUAUGGUCCAUCUUUUUUUUUCUGUUUAGAUUGAUACAGAAUUUGUAGAAAUACUAGCAUUCAGGUGUGAAUCUUCUAACUUUUGUAUGGAAUUUAAUCCUGAUAUAUCGUUGUAACAUUGUAUUUAUGAAUUGUAAUAACUAAUUUAAAAACACAAUAUGUAUGUAUGAUUUUCACUGAAAUUCUAACUCUAUUUUCGAUAUAUUAAGCACAAAAGAGGCAUAUUAAUGAUUUUCUUAGGAGGAAUUUGAAUUUUCAGUGAUUGAACAAAAAUCAUUAAUCACCAUCACCAAGUCCUGUUUUUCUAUUUUUCAGGGAAGUGCAGAAUUCAUUCUUUGGGAAAUCAGAUUUGUCAUUUCUUUGCAUCUUGCGCCCUCUUUCUGUUGAGAUCAAAAAGCAAGAAUUGGAAAUUGAAGCAGCUCAG